AUGGCCGCUGCAAGCAACGUGACCGAAAUCAUUUUCUUGGGGUUUUCCCAGCGCCAGAAUUUGCAGAAGGUCGUUUUGGUGACGUUCCUCCUCAUGUACACGGCCAUUGUCCUGGGCAAUGGGCUCAUGGUGGCGACUGUCCUGGCCAGCAAAGGGCUCUCCUCGCCCAUGUAUUUCUUUCUCGGCUACCUGUCCUUGGUGGAGAUGUGCUACUGCUCCGUCACAGCCCCCAAGCUCAUCUUCGACUCCUGGCGCAAGAGGAAAGUCAUUUCCCUCCACGGCUGUAUCACGCAGAUAUUUUUUCUGCAUUUCUUUGGCGGCACCGAGAUCUUUCUUCUGACGGCGAUGGCCUAUGACCGCUACGUGGCCAUCUGCAGGCCCUUGCGCUACACCGCCAUCAUGAGCCCUCGGGUGUGUGGCCUCCUGGUGGGGGCAGCUUGGGGAGGGGGUUUGCUCCAUUCUGCUGGACAGGCCUUCCUAAUGUUCCAGCUGCCCUUCUGUGGGCCCAACACCAUUGACCACUACUUCUGUGAUGUCCACCCGGUGCUGAAGCUGGCCUGCUCCGACACCUUCCUGGUCAGCCUGCUCGUCAUCGCCAACGGCGGCUCCAUCUCAGUGGUCAGCUUCGCAGGGCUGCUGGCUUCCUAUGCGCUCAUCCUGCACUCCCUGCGGACCCACGCGGCCGGGGCACGGCGCAGGGCGCUGUCCACCUGCGCCUCUCACCUGGCCGUGGUGGCUUUGUUCUUCAUCCCCUGCUCCUUUGUCUACAUGAGGCCCUGCGUCACCCUCCCCGCAGACAAGGUUGUGGCUGUGUUUUAUACUGUGGUCACGCCUCUCUUAAACCCCUUUAUUUACUCCUUCAGAAACACUGAGGUGAAAAACGCCAUGAAGAGACUCAUGGGGAGGAAGGGGACUUGGGAAGAGAAUGACAGAUAA